CUUUUAUUGCGGCUAAUUUGACGCAUAUGGUUUCUAUUCCCCGGGGCCACAGUGUUUUCAACGGGACUCAACUUACUAUUUACUGGAGUCGCUAUGGCCGCUUGACUGAGGCUGUUAUACCCUCACUUAUCAUUUGUUCGAAACAGUUAUACAAACUUUUACGGAAAAACAUCAGCCUUUUGUAUAGUUUUUAUGUCAAGAAAGAAGGAUGCAACCCCCACCGAGAAAGGUCCGGGUCACCCAGGAGCUGAAACACACUCAUGCAGAGCAGAUGAGCCGACUACACAUCAAACACCAAACAGAAUGUGACCUCCUGGAAGACCUGAGGAGUUUUAGCCAAAAGAGGGCAGCUGUGGAGAGGGACUACGCCCAGGCCCUCCAGAAGCUGGCGAAUCAGUACCUGAAGAGGGACUGGCCCGACGGUCUGACGGAAGAACAAGAUCACAGGAACAUGUAUUGUGUAUGGAGGGCCUAUUUGGAAGGUACAGUCCAGGUCACCCAGUCCAGAAUCAGUGCCUGUGAAAACUACAAAGUCCAGGUUGCCGAUCCAGCCAAGACGGUCAGACUGCAGAAGGAGCAGCAGCUGAGGAAGUGUAUUGAUCAGCUAACGGUGGUUCAAGCUGAGCUGCAGGAGUCGGUGAAGGAGCUGACCAAGAGCAGGAAGAAGUACCAGGAGGCUGAGACGAUGGCGCAGGCCGUCCGGGAGAAGGCGGAGCUGGACGCCAAGUCCAAGCUAAGUCUCUUCCAGUCCAGAUCCAGUCUUCAGAGGGCAAGUGUGAAGCUGAAAGCCAAGAGGAGCGAGUGUAACUCAAAAGCCACGCACGCCAGAAACGACUACCUUCUCACACUAGCAGCCGCCAACGUUCACCAGCAGCGCUACUACAACACAGACCUCGUGGACUGCAUCAAGGUGUUAGAUGGCAGAAUCUAUGAGCAGGUGAGAGAUUACCUGGUCUCACUGUGUCAGACUGAACUCGAAAGUUACCAGGCCGUCCACAACACCUUCAACCAGCUCCUGAACAGCUCACAUGGGGUACUGCAGGAGUUUCACCAGCAGCUCUUUGUGCAGAAGAACCUCGCGUUCCAGCAAGCGCCAGACUUCCUGUUCCAGCCCGUCGACGCAGAUACGGUGAUGCAGCUGCAGAAGGAGAGCGGAACGGCGGAGGAGCACAGCCUGGACAAAGAGGCGAGGAAAUGGGCGAGCCGCGUGGCCCGAGAAUACAAGAGCAUCAUCCACGCCCAGAGGGCCUUGGAGGAAUAUGGGACUCAAGAAUCAUCUGAGAACAACAGCGAGCUGGAGACCAAGAUGGAGGUGGCCAGGCAGAGUCUUCGCAGGGCAGAGACGGUGAAGGUGAAAGCCGAGGCCCGUCUGGACCUGCUGAGGCAAGCGGGUGUUGCUGUUGAAACGUGGCUGAAGAGCGCCAUGAACCAGGUGAUGGAGGAGCUGGAGAACGAACGCUGGAACAACCUCAGUGCCCACGAUCCUUCACUCUCUGGAACAGCAGAUUUGGAGCGAGAGGAUGAGGAGGAGAUGGAGGACAGCGGUGAAGUGUUAGAUGACAGCAGCUCCAGUCCCUCCAGCACCUUGAAAAACUACCCCCUGACCUGCAAAGUGCUCUACUCCUACAAGGCGUCUCAGCCAGAUGAACUGACCAUUGAGGAGCAGGAGAUCUUGGAGGUCAUUGAUGAUGGAGACAUGGAGGACUGGGUCAAGGCCAGAAACCGCAGUGGACAGGUAGGCUACGUCCCAGAGAAAUACUUGCAGCUGCCUUCCUCCAACAGCCUGCUGAGUAUGCUGCAGGCUCUGGCAGCACUGGACGCCAGAUCCCACUCGUCCAGUAACUCCACCGAACCUGAAACAGAGUUACCUACAGGCUCUGUCAACGGAGACUGCAGUGUGUCGUUCGCCAAAGCCCUGUAUGACUACGCGGGACAAACAGAUGAUGAGCUGUCAUUUCCAGAAGGUGCCAUCAUCCGCAUCCUGAGCAGGGAGACCCACGAGGACGAUGGUUUCUGGGAGGGAGAGUUCAAUGGCGUCGUCGGCGUCUUCCCUGCGGUUCUGGUGGAGGAUCUGACCGGCGCCAGCGAGAAUGGAGACGCACAAAGAGAUGACAGUGCACAGGCUUCCCCCUCCCCUUUGGCCCAGUGCGAGCGAUCCCCUCGUAGUCCCUUCCAGCCGGGGCCUCUCCACAGCAGCCCCCUGCAGACGCCCACCAUGUCCUCUCCUCAGUCGAGUCCCUGCAGCGCCACACCCUCUCCCAUUGGCCGACCGCCCUCCUAUCACAACGGACACCACAGGCCACCGCCAGCGCCGCACAAAAGCCCUUUUCAGAGUCCAGCCCAAGGCUCCCCUCAACCUCCCAAAUACCCUGAAAGUGGCUCCAUUCGACCCGUGCGUGCUGCUCCUCCGCCCCCUAAGCAGCAUCCUCGUGGGCAGGUGAAGCGGAGGGAGGAGGUGGAGAUCACGCUGGUGUGAAGGCAGCACCCUGGUGGUGGUGGCGACGGCGGCGGCGGCGACUCCGUUCAAACCAGCUGGGACUUGGCGGCUCUGUGCCUCUGAACGCCCUCCCAAAGGAAACCCGUGGACACCUCAACCCGCUGAACACGCCUGGAGGCCCGGAGAGACCUUCCACCUCGUCCCCCUCGUCUUCUCACGCGACACGUCCGAGGGUUUGUGUGCUGUGGAGGAAUAUUGUGCCUUUCUCUUAACUCUGCUCCUGUCCUUUCCUCUUCUUCUUCAUUUGUUCGGGUUCUCACACUCCUGUCACUGAGCGUUUGUCCAGAAUCAGAGUGGGACAUCCUCCAUUCCGUGCUGUCCAUGUCUUCUACCUGGACAUGUCUCAGUUCAGACAAAAUAUAUCGACAGAAUAUCAGUAUCUUCAAAUGUCAGUCCUGGUAUUAGUUUUUGCAAAGCUCACGCUGUUCAGAUCAUUUUUCCUCUUCUUUUCUGUGGCUCAUAGCAUUUGAUGUGUGACCCUGCAGGUCAUGUGACCUGUCACAGUGUAGCACAACAUCCCUAAAACCUCCUGUUGUGAGAAGUUGAUGUAAAGGGUAAAGUCACAUUAUUUGCUCGCAGUGGGGGAAGCAAAUCCACGCAAAUCCUGAGCACCAAGUUCAGCUACAAAACCACACGAGUCCACGGGAUAACAUUUAAAGUGAAUGACAUGGAUCAGUGACAAGUUGAGGGAAACUUGAGAGUCCAAAGUGGAGGAAACUAUCAUAGCUUUUUAGCUGAGCUGCACCAUCAACGUUUGCCGAGAGUCAUCGUAACAACAAAAACGAACAUGACAUUAAUCUUCUCGAACUCUCCGCAAGGAAUUGAAAUGUUUAACGUUAGUUCCUGCAGCUGCACUGACCGGACUGAGAUCAGCACGUCCUAAUCAAGAAGAGCUGAAACAUCAUUUUCUUUGAUGAACACAACACUCACAUAAUAUUUUUAUUCAUAGGGCUGGGAAAUAUUAAUAUUUACCGUGAUAUGAGACUUGAGAUCUUUUUGUUGAUUUUAAAGGCUGCAUCGC